AUGUCGCUUUUCUUACCUCGAGACAACCGCCUAGGAAACCGCCUUUUCUCGCGCCUCCUCACAGGGGUCGACGGAGGGGUAGGAACGUUCUGCUCCGGCUCUGCCAAGAAAUCUUCGGGUGUCUCCAGCAUUUCGUCGGUCAUCAGCUUUACGUACACCGCGCCGCAAGUUCUGCACGGUUCCAUGCGAGGAGGGCAAGGAGCAGAAGAAGAAGAGGAAGAAGAGGAGGAAGAGGAAGAAGAGGACGAAGAAGGCGGAGAAGAAGAGGAAGAAGAGGAGGAAGAUGAAGAGGAAGCAGCAGAACCGGCAGAGAAAGAAGAAGAGGAAGGACAAAUUGAUUCAGGAGAAGGAUAG